AUGGCGCUCGUAAGAGCUUGCUUGUUCAAGAUCCCGUCUCACCGUAAUCGUAUUCCUUUCGUUUCUCACUUGUCACUCUCACCACCUCUCGCUCUUACUCUUCCUCAAAACCACUCCUUCAUCAACGCUCUUACUCUUCCUCAAAACCACUCCUUCAUCAACGCUCUUACUCUUCCUCAAAACCACUCCUUCACCAUCUCUGCUUCACUUUCCACUUCACACUCUCACUCUCACUCUCACACCACCCGCUUCAAACCAAUCUGUCUGUAUCACACACAGGGAAAGUGCACCAAGAUGGAUGAUCUUAUUCACCUUCAAAAGUUUAAUCAUGAUUGCUCCACGGAGCUUCAACUAAAUAUUGCUCAGUUAAACAAAAUACGCUCGCACAAUCUAGACUUUUUCCUUGUACUUGAUUUAGAGGGCAAGGUUGAGAUUCUUGAGUUUCCGGUACUAAUGGUUAGUGCAAAAACAUUGCAAGUUGAACACAUUUUCCACAGGUUUGUGAGGCCUUCAAGUAUGACCGAACAAAGAAUAAAUGAAUACAUUGAAGGAAAGUACGGAAAAAUUGGAGUUGAUAGAGUCUGGCAUGAUACAGCCAUACCAUUCAAGAAAGUUAUUGAAGAAUUUGAAGCUUGGCUAAUGCAACAAAAGCUAUGGAUUGGAGGAGAACUUAAUCGUGCAGCAUUUGUAACUUGUGGAAAUUGGGAUUUGAAAACAAAGGUCCCUCAACAGUGUGAAGUGUCAAGGAUAAAGCUUCCCAGUUAUUUUAUGGAAUGGAUUAAUCUCAAAGAUAUCUAUCUGAACUUUUAUAAUAGGAGGGCUCCAGGAAUGGUUACAAUGAUGAAGCAGCUGCAGAUACCUUUGGUGGGAAGUCAUCAUCUUGGCAUUGAUGACACAAAGAACAUAACGAGAGUACUGCAACACAUGCUUGUGGAUGGUGCACUCGUACAGAUUACUGCAAGGAGGAAUCCUAAUGUACUCAUAAUUUGCACUAGCAUUAUGACAGAGUUGUGUAACAUGCAUCAGUUUAGAAGGAAAGAGCUCGUGCCUCGCAAGCACCGGUCGGUUCUAGUUCGGUUGAUGCAAAGGGUCAACUUCUGGGGCUCAUGCAUCUUUGUCUUCUUCUUUCCGUGGGAGGCAAGUGUCACCUCCUAA